CCCCCCCCCCCCCAGUUUCGCCGGGGUGGAGGACGACGAGGAGGAGACAAGAGUCACCCUUCAGGCGGCGCCGGCCCCCUCAGCCGCGGGUGUGUCCUAUAAAUGGCGUCGGAAAGCGACACGGAGGAAUUCUAUGAUGCCCCUGAAGAUGUACACCUAGGGGGCGGCUACCCCGUAGGGUCUCCAGGAAAAGUUGGGCUUUCAACAUUUAAAGAAACAGAGAACACUGCAUACAAAACUGGAAAUGAAUCUCCUGUACAAGAACUGAAACAAGAUGUAUCUAAAAAGAUCAUUGAAAGUAUUAUUGAGGAGAGUCAGAAGGUACGACAGUUUGAAGAUGACUCAUUGGAUUCCAAAGGUAAAGGACUCGCUGACCAGGCUACUGCCAGUCCUGUUGUGGCUGAAACAGAUCUUAGCACUAUACCUGGACUAUUAGCCAUUGAUCAAGUACUUCAGGAAGAUUCCAAAAAGACAGAGAGUCAGGAUGCAUUUGAAGAAACUGAAUUAGAAUCAAAAAAAUGUUUUCUUUCUGAUGAUACCUGUGAGAAGCCAGUAGAUGAAACCACUAAGUUAACUGAAAUAAGUUCAACUGAGCAGCUUCCUGUGCCUAAAGGUGAAACAGAAGUAUUGAACAAAGAAGCAGUGGACAUCAAACAGAGUGAUGUUCUAGAACCCACAUCCUCAGACUCUUUAUCUACUAAAGAUUUUGUGGCAGUGGAAGACGUGGCUCCUGCCAAACCCCCAAGACACCUUACUCCAGAACCUGAUAUAGUAGCUAGUACAAAGAAGUCUGUUCCGGCACGCCCACCCCCUCCAACUAAUUUACCACCUCCUAGACCCCCGCCUCCUUCUCGACCUGCUCCACCACCAAGAAAAAAGAAAAGUGAAUUGGAAUUUGAAGCUCUUAAAACACCAGAUCUAGAUGUACCCAAAGAGAAUAUUACAUCUGAUUCUCUCCUAACUACAAACAUGGCUUCAGAGUGUGCAGUAAGGGAUUCUCAGCCUUCUCUUGAUUUGGCAAGUGCUACCAGUGGAGAUAAAAUAGUUACUGCCCAGGAAAAUGGAAAAGCACCUGAUGGGCAGACAAUAGCAGGUGAAGUGAUGGGCCCUCAGAGACCUAGGUCCAACUCCGGGAGAGAGCUUACUGAUGAGGAAAUUUUAGCUAGUGUAAUGAUUAAGAACCUGGAUACUGGAGAAGAAAUACCUUUGAGUCUUGCUGAAGAGAAGCUGCCAACAGGUAUUAAUCCUCUCACUCUUCACAUUAUGAGAAGGACAAAGGAAUAUGUAAGUAAUGAUGCAGCACAAUCUGAUGAUGAAGAGAAGUUACAGUCUCAACCAACAGAUACUGAUGGUGGAAGAUUAAAACAGAAAACGACUCAACUGAAGAAGUUCCUUGGAAAAUCAGUAGAGAAAGCAAAGCACCUUGCUGAGGAAUAUGGUGAACGUGCUAUAAAUAAAGUUAAAAGUGUUAGAGAUGAAGUGUUUCAUACUGAUCAAGAUGAUCCCUCAUCAAGUGAUGAUGAAGGAAUGCCAUACACAAGACCAGUUAAAUUCAAAGCAGCACAUGGUUUUAAAGGACCUUAUGAUUUUGAUCAGAUCAAAGUGGUACAAGAUCUUAGUGGUGAACAUAUGGGUGCUGUGUGGACCAUGAAAUUUUCUCAUUGUGGCCGAUUACUUGCUUCAGCUGGACAAGAUAACGUAGUGAGAAUAUGGGCUUUAAAAAAUGCUUUUGACUAUUUCAAUAAUAUGCGAAUGAAAUACAAUACUGAAGGACGUGUGUCCCCAUCACCUUCUCAGGAAAGUCUAAGUUCAUCAAAAUCUGAUACAGAUGCAGGGGUAUGCAGUGGAACUGAUGAAGACCCUGAUGAUAAGAAUGCACCCUUUCGGCAACGACCAUUUUGCAAGUAUAAAGGACAUACUGCUGAUCUCCUUGAUCUUUCAUGGUCUAAAAAUUACUUUCUGCUUUCUUCUUCAAUGGAUAAAACUGUCAGGUUAUGGCAUAUUUCUAGAAGAGAAUGUCUUUGCUGUUUUCAGCAUAUAGAUUUUGUCACUGCCAUAGCUUUCCAUCCAAGAGAUGACAGGUAUUUUCUAAGUGGGUCUUUGGAUGGAAAGCUCCGCCUUUGGAACAUACCUGACAAAAAAGUGGCUUUGUGGAAUGAAGUAGAUGGUCAGACAAAAUUUUUCACAGCUGCAAAUUUCUGUCAGAAUGGCAAAUAUGCAGUGAUUGGGACAUAUGAUGGCAGAUGUAUUUUCUAUGAUACAGAGCAUUUGAAAUACCAUACACAAAUACAUGUCCGAUCUACUAGAGGCCGCAAUAAGGUUGGAAGAAAAAUUACUGGUAUAGAACCUUUACCUGGAGAAAAUAAGAUACUGGUAACCUCAAAUGAUUCUAGAAUCAGACUUUAUGAUCUGAGAGAUUUGUCACUGUCCAUGAAGUAUAAGGGUUAUGUCAACAGCAGCAGCCAGAUCAAAGCAAGUUUUAGCCAUGAUUUUACUUACCUUGUUAGUGGUUCAGAAGAUAAGUAUGUUUAUAUAUGGAGUACUUACCAUGACCUAAGCAAGUUUACUUCAGUCAGGAGAGAUCGUAAUGACUUCUGGGAAGGUAUUAAAGCACAUAAUGCUGUUGUUACAUCAGCCAUUUUUGCUCCAAACCCAAGUUUAAUGUUGUCUUUGGAUGUGCAAGCUGAGAAAUCAGAAGGGAGCAAUAAAGAUGAAGAUGCUGAAGUUUUGGAUACCACACCCUCUGGUUUUGUGAAGACAGAUAACACAGAAGUUCUUCUUUCUGCUGACUUCACUGGAGCAAUCAAAGUGUUUAUUAACAAAAGGAAAAAUGUAUCUUAAUUUGAUAUGACAUUUAAAAUAAACAUAUGAGUACGUUUCUAUAUGUAUCAGAACCGAAAAAAAUAUUAUAGUGUUUCAGGCUAACAUCCUUUUUUAAUUUUUAUUGAAAGCUGUUCAAAUAUAAUAUAUUUUUUUGAGAGGCAGUGUUAAUGUUCUAGGAAACUCUGGGCUGAUAGACUAGAAAGGAAUGUGGCUAGAUUAACAUUGCCAAACAUUAGGCUUUAUGUUUUGUUAUAUUUGUGUUUUUGUUAUAUAAUUAUGAACAUGCACAGGGUUCUGCAUGAAAAGAUAUUAAUAUAUUAAUCACAUGUGUGUGCCUUUUGGUUACAUGCACUAAAUCUAACAAUUAAAUUAUUUCAGUGGCUCUUUUGGCCUCUUACUG